AUUGUGUAAUGGGGGCCACUGAACCAGUGACAAGCUGGGGAAAUGACACUGUCCAGUAGUUGGAGGUCACACAGCCCCUUGCCUUAUUCUCAAAACCUAACCAUAUGGCUGGACAUUCCUGAAAUGCAUUCCUAAACCUCUGCUGCUGAGAAUAAUUGGAGCUGCCAUCUGUUCCCAGUUUAACUGCCCUGUAUACCAAACAAAUCCAAUUCAAGCCAACAGGCAAAGUAUAGGCUCAGACAGAGUCCAUCCUGUGUGCGAGGCGGUGAGCAGGGGUGGAAAAUCUCACUGUGACUCAUCCAGCUGAUUUCUGGGCUGAACCCACUGACUUCACAGGGCUGUUAGGAGAAUACUGUUUACAAAGGUUUCCAGCACAUAGAAGGUUCCUCCAUGGAUGCUGGCGGGCCUGCCAUGAUUUAAAGUGGAAGAAGCACCAUCAAGAUCAAGGAGCACACUAGCUGAUGCCCCUCACUUGGCACCCGUGUUGGCCCUGGCAUCAUGGACAAUAGAAACACCCAGAUGUACACAGAGGGUAGAACCAAGGCUCCAGGGACGCAGCCAAGUCCUGGCCUGAGGAUCACCAUCAAGAGGGCUGGUGUUGAGCCCAUCAUACUGGGAGUCAGCAAGGUCAUGUUUCCGGAUGCUUUGGAAGUGGGCAGCAGGAAGCACCUCUCAUCACCUUCAGGAGGGCCAGAGAAGGGGCCCAGACACAGAGAUGCAUUCAAGAAGGGGCCUUCAGAGCUCAGAACCCAGGAGCAGAGGCCUCCAGCAAGACCAGGGAAGAAACAGUCCUCUUGGGUCCCCCAGGAAGGGUCCCAGGAGCUGCAAGCAGGCCAGGAUCAGAGUGAGCUGGGGUUGCUGCCUUCCUGGGUUCCUGAAGUACCUGAAGGGCUGCAGCAGCUGGGCUCCAGAAAGGAGAUCAAGGGCCAGCAGGGGAGGCAACGAAACCGGGGAACCGGGGAGGAUCAGCCUCCUGAGAGCUGCCAGGCCGGGCAUGGUGGCUCACGCCUGUUAAUCCCAGCACUUUUGGAGGCCGAAGCAGGCAGAUCACCUGAGGUCAAGACCAGCCUGGCCAACAUGGGCUCCGGAUAUCAAUCCACCCUCGGUCACCAGGCAGACAUGGUGCAGCCAGCAGAGCCUUGCUGCCGCUUGGCCAGCCGUGGCCAGCCACUGGGAGGCAGGCACCCCAAGGAGGCAGGUGUCCCACACAUCAGGCCACAGGAGGCUCCGCCAGAGCCCAGCCCAGGAGGACAUGGGGACAGCUCUCAGGAAGCAAUGCCCCCAAUGUCCAUCGUGGCUCCAGAGGAAAAGACAGCCAACCCCUUCCUGCCAUCCACGCCUGGACCUAAAAAACCAAAAGGAGGGAGUGAGGCUGUGGAGACCCACCCAGCACCGGGGCCUCUUCCUCCACCAGAGGUGAGGGACAUUGGAGAGAAGCCAGAGCCAGGCCGUGUGCAGCAGCAGCCUCAGAAGCCUGCGGUGGCUGCAGGGACACAGAGCCUCGGGAACUUCCGGCAGGGCUUCAUGAAGUGCUUGCUGGAGGUGGAGAAAAUGGAGGCCUCCCAUCGGAGAGCCUCAAAGGCCCGGUCCCAGACAGCCCAGAAGUCCCCCAGGACCCUGACCCCGGUGCCCACCUCAGCCCCAAGCCUGCCUCAGACCCCUGCCUCGGUCUCUGCCAGUGUCCCAUCGUGGGCCCAGCUGCCAGCUCCUGGGCCAGAGCCUGCCCCCAUGGGAGCCCCGGUCCCCACCUCCAUGCCUUGCCCUGUCCUGCUGGGCCCUGCCCUGGACCUGGGCUGGAGAAGGAUGGAACUCUUGCACCAGAGCAGCGAGAGAACCCUGAGCUACGCCAAGGCACGGCAGGAGCCGGAAGAGCAGAGCCUCCAAAAGCUUUAUGAAAACCGGGAGAAGUCCGAGGAGCAACUGACCCUGAAGCAAGAGGAAGCCUUCCGCAACUACUUUGAGAUCUUCAAUGGCCCUGGUGAGGUAGAUGCACAGAGCCUGAAGAAUAUCCUGCUCCUAAUGGGCUUCUCUGUGACGCCGGCCCAGGUGGAGGACGCCCUGAUGAGUGCUGAUGUCAAUGGAGAUGGUCAUGUGGACUUCAAAGACUUCUUGGCUGUGAUGACAGACACCAGGCGCUUCUUCUGCUCUGUGGAACAGAACGCCCUGUCGGACAUGGCUCCCCACAACCCCCACACUCUACUCUUUGAGAUCCUGUCCCUGCUGGUAGAGAUGCUGGCCUUACCAGAGGCAGUCUUAGAGGAAAUCACAAACUACUACCAGAAAAAGCUGAAGGAAGGCACCUGCAAGGCCCAGGAGAUGGAAGCGGCCAUAGGCCGGCUGCGGUUGCAGAAGAAGCUUCCCCACAACCCCCAGCAAGAAGAGAACUCAGAAGUCCCAGAACGAAAGGUCCUCAGUAUCCUGAGCCGGCUGAAGCAGCAGAACUAUGCUCCCAACCUGCAGAGCCCCUAUGCCCAGGUGCCCUGCAUCCCGCUCUGCUCACGGCUGGACAAGAAGAUGGUCCGUAGGAAGCCAAGCAACCACUAUGCACUAGACCAGUGCACACCCCCUGGCCUGGAUCCUGACAUCCAUAGCCCCUUCUUCCAGUCAGGAUCUCAAGGAAACAGGGAACACAACUCUGACAGCAGAAAGUGGCUCAGCUCUGUGCCGGCUCGAACCCACUGACCCUCUGGAGGCCUGACUCUAGGCAGCUGCUCAAGGCCUGCAGACAGAUGGGCCACCAGGCAGGAGCUGCUGCUGGGAUUUGUUUUGUGGCCUGGUGAGCUAAUAAACACCAAUAACUUCA